GCCUCGACUGGGUUCGGUUUGGUGUUGUGUGUUUAUCCAAGCGACAGCCUAAGCUGAACUGUGUAGAUCGUUGUAGUGUUGGUCGACAAGACCCUCGGUCGUAUAAUUUACAAUUUGAUUAAUUUAAUUAUCAUUUAACUGGAAAUCAAUAGUUUUUCUCGAUGUAAGCCAAGAGAAUUGCUAAGCUGCAGUAUUAAAUGUCCCAGAAGUCUGGCGUCGAAUACAAUAAUAAUAAAUUAUAAUUAAUUGAAUUUUUGAUACAAAAUGGAGGCACGCUGCAGAUUGUGUUUCGGGGAGUGCUCGGAGAUGGAACGUAUAUUUCCGGACAAUGAGGACGAAGAUGAUGUAGAUUGGGAAUCUCAGGUGGCAAUAAAAAUCUUCAAAUGUACCUCGCUACAGUUGCCAGUUGAUGAUGAUGAUUUAACUGCACAAAUUUGCAAACCUUGUAUGACAAAGUUGGAUGAAUUUUUCCAAUUCCGUGUAACAUGCCGAAAAAACAACCUACAGUAUUGCAAGCAGAAACAGAAUGUGUCAGCGUUGGUAAAAACAGAUGAAAUCAUAAUCGAAGACGGUACGAACGAAGAGCAAGAUAAUGAGGAUUUAAAUUUGGAUAAAUUAGAUGAAACUCUGCUCCGAGCAUUGGAAGGCAAAGAUGUAUCGAUGGAUGGUUCAACUUUUGAUCAUACUUUUGGUAGUGAGGUGAAACCAGAAGAUUUGCUCAAAAUAAGUAUGGGAUUUAAUCAAGAUCAGUCCAUGAUAACUGAGGAGCCUGUUAGUUCCAGUUCGGUAAGAUGCAAUGGAUGUGGAGAGGAAUUUUCUACAGAUUUCGAAUUGAACCAGCACAUUCAAUUCUGUGUAUCCCAACCAAAGGCUGAGGGAUUCAACUUGCAAAUAUCCAAUGUAGUUGGUCGAGUCGAUCUUAGUUGUUAUAUUUGUAACAAAAUGUUUUCGACCAUGCAAGAACUCAAAUACCACGAAUCGACGCAUUCCAAUACUAACUCUAUGAAAUGCAAUUUCUGUCUUCAAACAUUCACCUGCUCACGUACUCUCAAGUUCCAUAUGGAUCAGCAUAAAGUGAAAAAUACUCUACCGGAUGGUCGAUUCAAGUGCGACCUGUGCGAUGCGACUUUCAAGCUGUAUGGAAACUUGAUCAUCCAUCGUAGAAGUCACACAGGUGAGCGACCAUAUGCGUGCAAUAUCUGCGGCAGAGCGUUCUCUACUUCCAGUAACAUGAAAACGCAUAUGAACGUUGUACAUUCGCAAGAUCGCCCGUACAAGUGUCAACAGUGUUAUAAAAGUUUCAACUCAGAGCCUCGGCUUCGGUCUCACCUGGAAACACAUUCAUAUGCUCUGGCGGGAGUUGCAAUGGGAAGCAGCUCUAGCGAGUCUGCAGGUCCUGCUGGUGGAGGAGAACUGUCCAGCACGUGUAAGAUAUGUAACAAAACCUUCAGUCAUCCGUCGUAUUUGACUAUUCACUAUCGAGUGCAUACCGGCGAACGGCCAUACCAGUGCAAGUUUUGUUCCAGUGCGUUUGCGACCAGCGGCAACCUGAAGGUGCACAUGAGAAUCCAUGCCACACAGAAAGUACGGCCAUAUAAAUGCAACAUGUGCACCAAGUCUUUCCUUCAUGCCAGCAAUCUGUCAGUACAUAAGAAAACUCAACACUAUUAAGAAUAAAGUAGCUUGGUUGAACAGUUUACUAUAAACAAAUAGGAAAAUAAUUGCUUUGUUGCAUUAUUGUUAGCGGAUUGAUUAUUAAACCGUUUCAGUGAAGUUUAGGCUUUAAUUUAUCAAUUUAGUAUGUUUAUUUUUUUUAAAUUUUUAUAUUUAACCUUAACUUAUUUUAGAUUAUAUCAAGAAAAGUAUAUUGUACAGUACUACAUAUUGCCUCAUUCGGUAGAUAAUAUUCAAGAAUGUCGAAAUUAUUGGGUAGGAGCAACUCGAUACUUUACGUCCCGAGUAAUAAUUGAUACUGUCGCUAACUAGCUGUUUUAUAAAAGUGUAAAGCAAUACCAAUUAUUAUGAAAAGUAACCGCAGGUCAUUCACAUACUACACAAAACAUCAGAUUUCUGCUAACCGGUCUUACUUUAUUUGUUGAAUAUAAGUGGAAACAUAUAUUCCAAAUUUAGAAUUUAUAGCAGAGGUCCUGAGGGAAUAUUGAAGUUAAGUUAUGGGAAUGGAAUGCAUAUUUAUGAAUAUGAAUAAUGGAAACCAUCUCCUUAUCAAUGUUGUUGUUGAUUUUCCUUAUUUGCUUUUUAUAUAUCACGAGAAAGGAACCUACGCUGUUAAAAAUUGUAUGGAAUGGUUGAAUAAGUGUCCACUAACAAGAAUUAUUCUUUACGUUUAAAUUAGCUUCGAAAUAAUUUAUGAAAAAUUUGUAUAGAGUUUUUUUUAUUUUCGAGAAUAAAAAAGUGUUUAAGAAAAAUUAUAAAUACUACUUUAAGGAAGAUAUGAUGUUUAAAUCUACUUUCAUUCAAUCCAUUUGUUUUUAACAUUUUUAUAUUAUAUAAAUUUUAGAAUUUUGACAUUUUUUUCCUUGUGAAAAUUAGAUUUUUGAACAUUGCCAUCAAGAUACUCUUUAUCAAGUAAUAAUACCAGUAGCAUGAAUAUGCUCUAAAGCAAUGAACGAUAAAAUGCUUCAAAAAGGUUACCUAUAACAUUCAGUUUUACAUAUGUGUUCGACUUGCGGUUAGCGGCAGUAUUGAUUUGCUUUUGCUUAUAAUGGGUUAAACUAGGUUGACUUCAGGUCUUUGUAUUAUAGCUUCCAAGAUUAUAAGACCUUAAUUUGAGAUUUUGUAGGUUCAGCGUUAAUUUGUUAACGUCUCAUUCAUAUUCAAACAUGCAGGAUGAAUCUAAAUAUUAGCUAUUGAAUAUAAGCGUAUUUUUUUUGUUAGAAUGGAACUUCUCAUUACAACCGAACAAUAAAAAUAAAAUAAAAUAAAGUACUUACAUACAUAUAA